AUGCUUCAACUUAAAAUAUACUGAUUUACUUGAUUGUUGAAAAGCCUAUUGACUUUUUCUGAAAAUAUUGAAACGGGUUUGGGCACAACGAAUGUAUUCACUGAGACAUUUAAUCAGAGAAAUGUUUUAUAUAUUUUCUAUAAUUGCGUAUGUGUUGGCCUACAAAAGUCCAUGUUUUAAAUAAUCAAAAGUACUUCUUGAUUUGGAUUUUUAUAAUUAAACGCAUCAGCAAAUCUAACGAUGUCUAGAAGAGAUUUUCUGCCUGGUUCGCAAACAAAAAGGUCAGAAGAGUUGAAUUGCAAGGAAACGGAUGAAGACCGGGGUUGUCAUAUACCAAGACCUACACGGGGCAACUUAUGUAUUAUUGACGACAGGGUUGACAUAUCUAAGAAAUAUAAACAACAAACAACUUCACCACAAGGACAAAGAGAUCCUGUUAGACCUAUUCGUGCGUUUGAUGAUAAACUGAUGGAACCUGCCAUUUACCAUCCUCCGUUUAUGAACAUCGACCCUCGAUGUGUCAACAGAAUCCCGCGUGCCCAAAGGUACAAUAAAGGCGAUACCCAACCAACCAGAAGGGGUAGACAUUCAUCUGCUCAAAUACCUUCUAGUAACCAUGCUUUGAACCGAGACAGAUUUCGUUCGGCUGAACGAGACGCAAACUGUAACCGAGGGCACAGACAAAACGUACGUGAUCAAGGCAAUGCUUUUCAAAAAAGAGAUAUCAGUGAUAUUGGAGAAAAUAAAACACCAACAGCCGAGGUUGUUUUCUCUUUUAUGGUAAAGAACAUGGAAGGAAAAGGUACCAUGGAAGACAUACGAAAUAAGUCUAGAUUGUUUCCACCUGAAGUUGAUAUAAGCGAUUGGUUCCGAAGGAACAAAAGCCGGUUCACACUUAUUGAAAGGGGUGAUCAAAUAACAUUUAUUUUUGUAUACGACAAACGUGUUACAUUGUGUAUUCAUUACUCUAAAAAGGAUUCAUGCAAGAAGACAGAUUGCAACAGAUAUCACAUAUGUAAAAAUGUCUGUGCUGGAAAAUGCAUUUUUGGCCGACGAUGCAACUUCUCACACGAUUGCUUCGAUGAGCAUAAUAGUAAAAUUUCAAAUGAUUUAGGCUUCAGUGAUACAUUAACUAGUGAUGAAAUAUGUAUCAUUUUAAGACUAAGUUUUCCACAUGUUUGCUCUGCGUGGUCAUUUAAAGGCACCUGUACGGACUCUAAUUGCCCCGACUUACACAUAUGCCCAGGAUACAUUCUUGAUAAAUGCCAAGACGGACCAACUUGUUCUAAUAUUCAUGACAGGAAUACCGAACAUAACAGAGCCAUUCUUGAAGCGUUUGACAUGACGGGCAUGAGUUAUCGUGUAUUCAGAUGGCUUGUUUUCAUGUUACACAAUCCAGCUUACAUGCGAAAUGAGCGGAUGACUUCUAGUGAAGCUGCAUCACAACGACAAAGUAUCGACAGUUUGAUACAUGAGGAGACCGAAGAAGCCGAGGAAGCGUUUAUAUGCGUCGAUUAUAUUUUCGGGCAAUGCCGUGACCGCCGCUGCAAAUGUAUCCACAGUAAAAACAAACUGCCGUAUAUUUGGCAAAUACAUGUAUUUGGUGCUUGGAUUUCUCUGAACGAGUGUGAAAAAAUUGAGGAAGCAUAUGCUGAUCAUGCGGAGAAAUCUAACAAUAUUAAAAUGCCUUAUAAUGGGUUGGACCUCUCUGUUCAGGUAUAUUUUAUACCAGUUAUCAAAGCGGACGUGAUCAUACAUGGUUCCGGCGAAAGUCUGGUAGAGACAAAAGCCCGACGUCUGUCAACCAUGUCUUACAUUAACGCCGAGUCAUCAUCGCUUGGAAAUGAAGAAGUGAACACUAACAAGUUCUACACACAAUGGAGAUGGUAUUGGAGGGAUGAUUACAGACAGUGGAAUCUAUUUCAACCAGACGUUUUCCAGUACACAUUAGAGGCAAAGUAUUUGGCAAGACAAAUGUUUUACAGUUUUUCAAGAGAAAAUUUUGCUUUUAAUCACACAAUUUCAUUCGACAAAAUGGUUCAAUUGAACAAUGACACAAGAAAAAGAAGACACAUCAUGCGGCGACCCGUUCUUUUGUCUCUCGAAGAAGUAAGAAGGAAGAUUUUUCCGCUGUCACUAUCAGCCGUCACCUUGAUAAAGACACCGUUACCAGAAUCAUGGAUGCCAUGGGAUUUAGUUCAGCCUUUUGAACUAGUCAAUAUAACCGGUUCAAACGAGGAGGUGGAAAUUAAAAGACUUUUCUUCGAAACGAUUGACAGAAGUAAAGAACAAAUAGACAGUAUUUGCCGAGUACAAAAUCAUAAAUUGUGGGAAUUAUUCUGCAGUGAAGAGAGCACUAUGAAGGAUAAGGCAAGAAGAUUAAGAUAUAAACACAACAGUGUUAACAAGAAGUUCUUAUUUCAUGGGACAGACAAUAUAGACGCUGUGCGUGGAAUUUGCGUAAACAAUUUCGAUAAACGCGUGUCAGGAAAGUUUGGCACAAGUUACGGUGAUGGGGCAUACUUUGCAAGGGACGCUAAAUACAGUCAUUGUUACACUCAAGGUCCAGUGAGGUACAUGUUUGUUGUCAAUGUUUUACUUGGACAAUCUGCUAAGGGAGAUAAAUCUUACAGAAGACCGCCUGAGAUACCAGGAAGAAUUUACGAGCUGUAUGAUUCUUGUGUUAAUGACAUUGAAGAUCCGACUAUAUUUGUUUUGUUUGACAAGAAUCUUUACUACCCUCAAUACCUGAUACAGUAUCAUGACAGAGAAACCAUCAGUCAAGAAACAGUUUCUCAAUCAACAUCAUAUUCCAGCUUCUAGCUGAUUUCGAAGGCAUUUGUGUCAGAAUGAAUUUAAAUACAUAAUACAUAAAACGUAGAGAAAUGUAAAACAAGCAAGAUUGAAUGCUUAAUGAACCUUUAAUACUGGUUUUGUAAGACUGUAUAUGUUCGAAGGAUUUGAUCUUUUGAAGUCAAGUAUAAUAAUAUUUUAUUGCAUAUAUCAUACAAAAGAAUUUCUCCUUAAGACCACCUCAGAAUUAAGACCACCCCGCUAUUGAGACCAGUUUUUAAAAGAACGGAAUUUACUGUUCUUAAUGCCAAUAGUUACAUGAUCCAGAAUAUUUUGCAACAUUAUCGUGGAUCCUUCCUUGAAUCAAUCAUUUGAAUAUUAAUGAAACACGGCGUGGCUUGAUAAGAAGAUUUUUAAAAGCUUAUUUCUUCAGUUUUGCUAAAAAAUGUUUCUUGCAGUAUGUUACAUCAUGUUUGAAAGUAUAAUUGCAUAAAUGAGCCGCGCCAUGACAAAACCAACAUAAUGUGUUUGCGACCAGCACGGAUCCAGACCAGCCUGCGCAUCCGCGCAGUUUGAUCAGGAUCCAUGCUGUUCGCCAUCAGUUUCUCUACAUGUUAUAGGGUUUGUAAGCGAACAGCAUGGAUCCUGAUCAGACUGCGCGGAUGCGCAGGCUGGUCUGGAUCCAUGCUGAUCGCAAACGCAGUACGUUGGUUUUGUCAUGCCACGACU